GUUUGAUUGGUGGGACCGUCAGCACGCGGCUUCCCCAAUUCCAGUAUACCUAGCCACGACAGCCUGUACGUACUACAGGUAACCUUCAACUCUAGCACUCUCAAACCCCGAUACUAUCGCGGAAUAACCUGUCCAGGGAGGCUCGGUCGACAGCCUUCUGAAUAUUAUCUUGCAAAUUGAAACAUAAUUGCAAGUUUUGCUUGCCGUCGGAUGGUCUGCGGUCGCGCAUAGACUCUCCUUUUGAGUACUUGGAAACCUAGUACGGCUUUUCUUUGUGAUCGCGAUGAAGGGCUGGCUCCAGACACUAUGCUUGACUGCCGCUCUGGCAGGACGAGUUCUUGCAAAUGAAGUUGAAUUGACACAAGACGAAGCCCACCGACAGCGAUGUUCAGGGAUGUACAGUCGCAAGGCGUGGGGUGGAAGCAUCGAUCCGUAUAUCGAGACCGUAUUUGUCAAAGAUAACGAAGCCGGCGAUAGCGAUCCUCUUGUCAGUGUCGUGAUAUUCGAAUGGAGCGACGAGAAUCUGAUCGGGAGAUCCGUAUCUGAUGACCCUGAAGCGAAAGAGACCAUUUGCGACCAGGCUAGCGUCGAGGCGAAACUAUGCGAAGAUGAUCAAAUAGGUUCCUUCAUUCUGGCCGCCAACGCGAGCGAGGCAUCCAAAUUCCCUAUUAUAUCUCAGGCGGUGCAUCUGAACAAUCCGACUGCAAUUAAUUAUCCUAUCAAGAAGACCGGCUUCUAUUGCGUCAGCACCUAUGGAUACUCAGGGAAGGACUACAAAGCGGCAGUUGAGUUCAGGAAUUCAUACGGUGAACUCCCUGCUGCUCAAAUUGCGAAACUUCCGUUCUACGGUGGUUUGACUAUUGUCUAUGCGGUCAUUGGAGUAUUUUGGGCAUUCCUAUACGUUCAGAAUCGUCAUGACAUUUUGCCGGUGCAAAACUACAUCACCGCUAUCCUAGUCUUUUUGAUCGUGGAGCAAUUGAUGACCUGGGGCUUUUAUGAUUUCCAGAAUCGGCACGGUUUGAAUAUCGGUGCAAAGGUGCUGAUGGUAAUCGUCGCUGUCCUGAAUGCGGGACGCAAUUCUUUCUCCUUUUUCCUUUUGCUCAUCGUUUGCAUGGGAUACGGCGUGGUCAAGCCCUCUUUGGGCCGGACCAUGAUCUAUGUUCGUAUCCUGGCCAUCACCCACUUCGUUUUCGGCGUCAUCUAUGCUGUCGCAAGUCUAUCAAUUACACCCGAUAGCGCUGGGCCACUGGUCCUCCUCAUCGUGCUCCCACUUGCUGGUACUCUGACUGCAUUCUAUGUGUGGACACUGAACUCCUUGAACGCAACCAUGAAGGAUCUGAUCGACCGAAAGCAGAAGGUCAAAGCAAUGAUGUAUAAGAAGCUCUGGUGGUGUAUUCUGGGCAGCAUCAUCGUGAUCUUCGGCUUCUUUUUCAUCAACUCAUUUGCUUUUGCUGGUCGUAGCGAAGCGAGCUUUGUACCAGAGCAUUGGAAGACCAGGUGGUUUGUGCUAGAUGGUUGGCUGAACCUUGUGUACUUGUUCGAUAUUGGGUUCGUUGCCUAUCUUUGGCGGCCUACUGCGAACAACAGGCGGUUCGCAAUGAGUGACGAGCUUGCACAAGACGAUGACGGGUUCGAGAUUCGAUCUUUCAAUAGUGGACUGGACGACGAAGAAGCGUUUGGAGGCCUGGAAGGAAAUUCCACCUCCGCAACACGCCGUGAGCUGUCACCGGUACCUCCUAAACCUGUUCCAUCUGCUCCGCGCCAGCGAGACUCUCUCGAUGGUGAGACGAUCUUCGCUGUAGGUGAGGAUGGUGACAAAUGGUCUGAGGACGAGGACGAGUCACCACGAAACUCAAGCGAGCGCCAGAGGCUCACUGCCCAUAAAUCGGACUAAUUGGCUCAUGGCGGAAGAGCCGAAGUCUUGUCUCGAAUCAGAACAAUCGUGAAUGCAUGUGCACUCUCUAUCCUUCUGUUCAGAAGUGGCAUCAAAUCAUCUUUAUAUCAGUUCUCGGGAAGUUGAAGGUUCGAUCGAUCUUCUAAGGAUCUUUCCGUUUGGUGUCAACUUUGCAGGCAUUUGAUGGCGUUUGGCCUUUUGGUGUAUUUUUAGAUUGGCUCUAAGUUCCUACUACUCUAGUAAUGGGCUAAUUGAAUUUAUGUGU